AUGGCUGGUGGAGGUGACGUCAGCAAUGGCAGCAGUCCGAUCAAUCCCAGCCGUCCGAAGGACGGUUACGCUGCUGGCCCGCCGUGGAUUUUCAAGGGCAGGGCGUUGUACCAGCUGAACCUGGUCAAAGCUGACGUGGCACGCCAAGUCGUUCCGCCGGAGCUCAAGCUCGUCGAAGCCUUUGGGUACACCCUAGGCGGGGUAUACUAUGCGCAGUACGACUCGAGUCCUGCAGGGAAGUUUGACGAGCUCGUCAUCAUUCCUGGCAUCGUGUGGGACCCACCUGCCUCGUGCGCGUGGGCGGCAGCGGUGAUGGUGGAUAGUGCGUCAGCCAGAGACCAUGGUAUCAAGGAGGUUGGGCUGCCAAGCCGAUUCGUCUCAUUCAACAAGAAGCUGCUGCCAGCACCUCAGUCCGUCGCACAUACCGCUCCUCUCAACUCCAUUUCCUCCCCUCCCUCCACCUCUCCAUUGAACGAUCCAAGCGCCUCAGCCUCCCCCUCCCCCUCCUCCCCCUCUUCUCAUGCACCUGACAAGGCUCCUCUGCAACUGCUUUCCAGAUUCAUUAACCCCUGGAGAAAGGGACGGACACAGGGGCUGGGAGGAAGCAGAGAGGGGGGGUUCCUGCAGGUGACUGUGUGUGAUGGGGGAAAGGAAGGAAGGGGAGGAGGGAGAGGAGGGAGGGAGAAGGAGGGUAAGGGGUUGGAGGAAGGGAGUGUUAGACUCGGAGAACCCAUGUUUGAACUUCACAUGAAGGUGCCAUCGCUCAAAGAGCUCGCAGCUGUCUCACACCUGCCAUCCAUCAAAAUGUCGCUGCCUAGCUUCAGUGGCCGCACAGAGGCUCAGCCUGCUCUGCUCAAAUACUCGUGCGACCUCUCCUGCCGUGUGAGCCUCAUGCCGCCUGCCACCACCCGCAUCAGCCCAGCCUACCGACAGAGACAGACCUCUCCCAACAGCUCUGCUGAUGCGUUACGUGACUCUGUGACUUCAUCCAAGGACCAGACUGCUGGCAGGAAGAGCCAGGAUGUGGUGGUUGAGGUGCUCUCUGGUCGGCCGCUGAUUGCGAUGUGUUUUGAAGGGAUGGAGAUGAGAGUGGAGGCGCCGACUCGGGUGUUGUUGCCUGCGACGACUGUUAUGAGGGAACUCAAGGCUCGUGAUAUCGUUGUCGCCACGAGCAGCUUGCAGUUCGAGGUCAAGGAUAGUGUUGAAUCGCCUGCCGAGGCUGAGUACAAGACUGCUUAA